AUGGCGUCCUCUUGGUCCUCCAAUGGUGAAACUGCCGUGCGCCAUCUGACUGCCAAAAUGGAAACUGUCCGCAUUCCUUCCGAAUCAGAUAAUAAGGCCAUGUCAGAUGACACUCCUCCACAACAACAGCAGCAAGCAUCACCACCCAAACAGCCGCCUUACAACCCCAACCAACUCCCCUAUGAUGUGGUGGCAGAAGCAGGCCCCCCUGCAGAUCCCAUUGUCUUUCCACGGCCUCGCAUGUUAAGAGGUCGCCGUGGAGAGGUAUGCUGCUAUAAUCCCAGAACCCAAGACCAUAAAAUGGCCAAGAACGUGCUCUUCCGUGACUUUUCCCACGAAUUUGAAGAUGGUGACGCCAGAGUGGCAAGGGCUUAUUGGCCAGUACCAUUUAAAAAGCCCAUUCAGACCAUUAUGGGGCAUGUGGAAAUUUGCAUGGUCUUGACCAGAUCCAAAGGUCCCGAUGACAACAACAUUCCCAAUUUUGAUGAUAGUAGUAGUGAAGAAAACGAAGAAGGUGAACGUGAAGAUGACAUCAUUUUUGAACUGACAGAAGAAAUGGUUGCUGUCAAGGUCAACUACUCACAACGAAUGGAUGAAUUGCGGAAUCGUCAUGCCGAAGAUCCCUUGAAGGAAAUUGCUGCCAUGCAAAUUAUCGGAGACGAACAUGCCAAUGUUAUGGGAUGCAUUGAUGUCCUGUUUGAUGGCAAUGCCCUUAAUGUUGUCAUGAGAUACUGUGGAUCAGGAGAUUUAUUCCAAUUAUUGCAGGACAGUGUCCGGGAGGAUGGACAGCCGGGAAUGGCUGAACCACAGGCCAGGUACUGGUUCCGACAAGUCAUUGCUGGUGUUAAACACAUCCACGACGUUGGGAUUUGUCAUCGGGAUUUGUCUCCUGAAAAUGUCAUGAUCGAUGGAGGUGGUGCCUUGAUUAUCGACAUGGGUAUGGCUAUCCGCAUGCCAUACACUGACAGUUCUAAUGCAAGUUCUGUGACAGACAGGAGCCGAGGCAGUCAACGACGAAUGAUUCGACCACAAGGUGCUUGUGGAAAGUUGCCAUACAUGAGCCCUGAAGUUUAUCGCAACAAACAACCCUUUGAUGGAGAGGCUGUGGAUGUCUGGACUUGUGGCACAAUCCUAUUUUGCAUGGUGACAGGCAACCGUUCCUAUCAGCGUCCUCACCCCAGUGACCCUCAGUUUUAUUGGAUGACCAAGGGCAUCACCCAGCUGCUUGGUGAUUGGAACGUACAGCUUAGCCCCGAAGGGGUUCACUUGCUCCAAAAUAUGCUACGAGUGGACCCACGCUUGCGACUGUCUCUUGAAGAGAUUGAGAAUCACCCUUGGUUUUCACAUGAGGAUGAGCCCCAAGAUGCCGACGACAUGGAGUUUCAGUUGUAA